UGAACCUGGUGAAAGCCGACUUGAGAGCCCGAUCCUGGAAUGGAAGCCAUUUCACCGUGUCUCUGGCCUAUGCGUCCGAUUCAGUUAUCUCAUGCCACAAAUCGAGGAUUCGUCAGAAAUGCGAUUAUAUCUUAAUUCAACUACGAUCCAGCCCCGGUUAUUAUGGAAGCUCAGUGGUUACCAUGGUAUUGAGUGGUUACCAGGAAGUGUACCAUUGGAUGCGGAACAGGAUACAAAGGUAGAGUUCCUGGGUGUCUCAUCAACUAAUGGAUCAGUUGCUAUAGCAAUAGACGACAUCAUUAUCACAACAGAGAAUUGCACCACAAGCCCAGUGUAUGCUGCGCCUGGUUACAAGUGUGCGUCAUACGAGUUUCAAUGCGCCAGCGGUCAUUGUAUCAGCGGCAGCUCUCGCUGUGAUAGUGAUUAUAACUGCAUGGAUCGUUCUGACGAGGAUGGGUGCAAAUGCUUUACCAAUGAACUAACUUGUUCUUCCGGGCGAUGUGUCCCAUCAAUCAAUUUAUGUGACGGUGUCAAAGAUUGCGAGCACGGUCUUGAUGAGCUCAGAUGCGUCCGGCUGCCAGACCAAAGAACCCUGCACUUUCGUCCAUACGACGUUUCUUUGUGGAUUCUAAAUAAGGAGAUGGCCCCUAACAAUAAUCCGAGUGAUGCCCAUUUGACAUCACCGGGCAUCACGAGUUAA